AUGACGUGUCAUCCACGUAAUCAAUCUGGGCCCACCUUUGAUGAUGUGGCAAAUGCACGCAUAAUUGUGGCUGGCGUGGCAAUUGCUGACUGGACUGAUGACAUGUCAGAUGACUACAUUACCCAAUGUGAGCUAGUUACCCUGCCAUCCGAAAGUGACCCCUCGAACUGUUGCCCUCCAAUAUCCACAAAGAUCAAAAACUUCAAAUUCCCUUCUGCUUCCUCCCCAAUGCGCAUUAGACCUGCUGCUCAUUUAGUUGAUAAAGCCUACGUAGCUAAAUACGCCAAAGCCAUUGCACUCAUGAAAAGUCUUCCUGACGAUGAUCCACGUAGCUUCAAGAGCCAAGCCGACGUUCAUUGUGCUUAUUGUGAUGGUGCUUAUCACCAAGCAGGCUUUCCUGAUUUAGACCUUCAAAUUCACUUCUCGUGGCUCUUCUUUCCCUGGCAUAGACUCUAUUUAUACUACUUCGAAAGAAUGUUGGGUAAACUGAUUGAUGAUCCAACUUUCGCUUUGCUUUUCUGGAAUUGGGAUGCCCCUGCCGGCAUGCAAAUGCCAGCCAUUUUUACUGACCCCAAAUCACCACUUUAUGACCCCCUUCGCGACGCGAAUCACCAACCUCCGACACUGCUUGAUCUUAAUUACGCGAAAGGAGAUGCGAAUCCAGACCCUGCAAAAGCAGAGGAAUUGUAUGCAAGCAAUCUUAACGUAAUGUACAGGCAAAUGGUGUCCGGUGCGACGAAGCCUCCUCUCUUUUUUGGAAAACCAUAUCGUGCUGGUUAUGAUCCAAGUCCUGGAAUGGGUACAAUUGAGACCACCCCACACACUCAGAUUCACAUCUGGACCGGCGACCCCAAUCAAACUAAAGGGGAAAAUAUGGGCAAUUUCUACUCAGCAGGGAGAGAUCCCAUAUUUUAUUGUCAUCACUCGAACGCCGACCGAAUGUGGGACUUGUGGAAGAAAAUACCAGGAGGCAAGCGAAAGGAUUUCGAGGAUCCUGAUUGGCUUAGUUCAGAGUUUCUUUUCUGGGAUGAGAAUAAAGAGCUGGUUCGAAUGAAGGUUAAAGAUACUCUUGACACCAAGAAGCUAAGAUAUGGCUUUCAAGAUGUUCCUAUUCCUUGGCUGAAAACAAGAGCAACACCAAAAUUAACAAGGCAGGAAAAAUCACGUCGUUCAGCUAAAAAAAGCGUUGUAUUAACACCAAUUAGAGCAUUCCCUGUUGUCUUGGAUAAAGUCAUAAGAGUGGAGGUUUCCAGGCCAAAUAAAUCAAGAAGCGCGACGGAGAAAGAAGAUGAAGAUGAAGUUUUAGUUAUUGAAGGGAUUGAGUACGAAGAAAAUCAAUUAAUUAAGUUCGAUGUCCUCGUCAACGAUGAACCUGAUUCACCUGAUGGACCAGACAAGUCCGAGUUUGCAGGAAGUUUCGUCAAUGUGCCUCACAAGCAUGCAAAAAAAUCAAAGACAACUAUGGUAUUUGGGGAUUACAGGACUGGUGGUGAUUUUGUUACCGUUGCCAAUGUCAAGAUUGAGUUUGUCGCUGACUGAUCAUGGUAAUGAGAGGACAUAUGCUACCAUUUUCUUUUCUUUUCUUUUCUUUUUUUCCUUUUGCCUUUUCUUGUUUUUUCUCUUUCUAUGUUAGUAUUCAGCGAGUUUUCUCUUUGUUCUUUCAAGAUGCUCAACUAAUGGACCGUAUAUCAAUUUGAAUACUACAAUGGUUUCUUA